GUGCCGAGUGCACACAGUUUGGUAUCCUCGCGGGCGGUUCUGCUGUGCGUGGUCAGAUUGCGCGCACGCACAAUGCAAGGAAGGUGUCGGACAAAUCCACUCCAGUAAGAGCAAGAGCUAUGGAGUCCUCUCUGGAGUUGUCAAACUCUUUGGGCAGCGUGUCGUCGCUGCUGAGCGGCUGCAGGACCUUCAAGGUGCUCGUGAUCGGGGACUCCGCGGUGGGAAAGACCUGCCUCACGCACCGACUCAGCGCCGGUCACUUCCCCAGCGCCGCGGAGGCCACGAUCGGCGUGGACUUCCGAGAGAGACUGCUUGACAUCGACGGGGAGAUGAUCAAGCUCCAACUGUGGGACACAGCGGGACAAGAACGCUUUCGCAAGUCCAUGGUGCAGCACUUCUACCGUAACGUGCACGCAGUUCUCUUCGUGUAUGACGUCACGUGCCGGGCCAGCUUCAACAGCCUCUCCGUGUGGGUAGAAGAGUGCAGACGGAACUCGCUCGGCCAGGAAGUCCCCAGGUUCCUGGUGGGGAACAAGACCGACCUCCGUGACGUCGUAAACGCCGAUGGCCUGGUGAGCCAGGAACAGGCGAUCAAAUUUGCAAAGACUCACAACAUGAUGUUUUUCGAGACAUCGGCCAAAUACACAAGCGGACGACGCGGUGUUGCGGAGGCGCCCUAUCAGCGGGAUAAGGUGGAGGAUGUUGUCAAUGCUGUCGGUGGCAGACUGAAGAGACAGCAGAGUCCCAGCGCCGCAUACAACCUGGCAUACAGCGGCUCUUUUAAAGUUUUCAACAAAAAAACUGAGGACAAAGAAAUGUGGCGUUGCUGCUGAAAGAUAAGACAACAAUUAGGAAUGAUUGAGAGAGACUAAUACAGACUUAAAUAUUUAUACUUUUUAAUAUUAGGCAGGUUACACUUUCAGAUAUUGUAUGUUUGUACUCUUAUUGUUGAUUAAUUACCAAAUAAAAUAAUGCGAAUGGA